AGGCGGGCGUGGCCGCCGCCGCCGCCGCUACCCGCGCCGCGGCCUGUGCGGGGCCGAGGCCGCCCUUGGUCGGGUCCCUCCCCCGGCGGCCUGGCGCCUCCCUCGCGCCCUCCCCGCCGCGGUGACUCACGGAGCUGGAGGCGGAGGCUGCGCUGAGGCGGAGGCGGCCCGGCUGCUGCUGCUUCUGCUGCUCCCGCUGCUGCAGCCGCCGCCGCCGAGAGGAGCCGAGCGGAGCCGAGCCGAGAGCGCGCCCCGGAGCAGGCUGGGCCCGCAGCCCCGCGCUCCGGCCCCGGGGCUGGCCCAGGAUUCUUUCAUCACUGCCAAGCCCUGGUGGGUCAAUUCUCUCUCUGCCAAUUGAGGACAGAAGGCACACGGAAGCACACGGAAGGCGGCACAUCCUUUUCUCCCAGCCUGUGAUUCUUCUGAUCACAACUAAGCAUCCAUCUGGCUGAAGCUGAUUUCCAAAAGCAGGAAUCUCUGGAGUUGGACUGAGGGGAAUGAACCGUGAGGGAGCUCCCGGGAAGAGUCCGGAGGAGAUGUACAUUCAGCAGAAAGUUCGGGUCUUGCUCAUGCUGAGGAAGAUGGGAUCAAACCUGACAGCCAGCGAGGAAGAGUUCCUGCGGACGUAUGCUGGGGUUGUGAGCAGCCAGCUGAGCCAGCUUCCAUCACACUCCAUUGAUCAGGGUGCAGAGGACGUGGUCAUGGCAUUUUCCAGAUCGGAGACAGAGGACAGGAGGCAGUAGCUACAAAGCAUCCUGGAAUCCCCUGGAAGCCAACAAGGGCCAUGAGAGCUCUGCCAGCUCGAGAAGUUGGCUGACUGCACCGGGUCCCCUGCCCUUUCCCCCCUUCCCAGUCUUCAGGCCCCCAAUCCCCCACACCCCACCCUGGAAAGCACCUCCCAGCCCCACUCCUCAGCUGGCUGUCUUAUCAAGGGAGAGACCAGUGGUGCACAUGGGAUUGGUUCAAAGGGAUGGACUCUGCAAUUGGCUACAGGGAGAAAUCUUUUUAUUCUUUAAAUCCUGACCAAUGGAAACCUUUUCUUUUUAUUUCUGCUCUUUUACCACCUCAUCCCUUUUCUGGCUGGCUGGGCAUAGAACUUCCCAGGAAGCUGUCCUAUGCCUUGGUGCUUUAUUUAGGUCAUUUUUUAGGAAUGUGAAAAGGUUUUGAUUGGCUGCCUAAAACUGGAAACAACUCUUGAUUGGCUGGUGAAAGGAAAGCGCCUCUCUCUUUGAUUGGUUUCAGGUGUUCUGCUGAUCUCAACAGCUUGAUUCUGAGUAAAGAGGGUUUGGGGCAUUGGCUGUUACAUUUGACUUGAAAAAAAAUACAAAACCAAGUGUGCUUUGCGAUAUUUAUUACACAAAGAGCUGCUGCUGCUUUUAAAUUUUAUUUUUGAAUUCGAUUGGCUUAUGGUCAAUGUGUUUGAUUUCCCGUUGGCUCCUCCAUGGCUCCAGUAACCAUAGAUUCCCCCCCCAAAAAACAACAACAAAACCACACCGCCUCUGCUGCUUGAAAUCUCUGGUCCCAGGGGGAAGCCAACUCAAGAGUGUGUUUGCAUUAAUAACCUCACUGGAGCUGGAAAUCUAAAAGGACCCCAGGAAUCAGCCUUGUAAGAGUCAGUGUUAAGAGGUUACCAGGAGCUGAGGGCAGGGGUGUGUGAGUGUGGGUGUGUGUGCGUGUGCGUGUGUGCACUAGAGCUCACUCUGGAGCAUGUGUGUGUGACACUUUGUAGAGUGAGGGUGAUGUUGCUGGGAAAAAUCUAGGCCUCUCUCCACCCUAAAAUCUUGUUUGUGCUGCAGCCCAGAAGCUUCUUAUACUUGGAGGGGAGGUUUUGGUCUCUCAAGCUCUUCUCAGUCCUUGUCUAGAGAUUUCUGCUGCUUUUAGGAGUAAAGGACUAAAUACCGUGAGGCUGCAUGGGAAGCACACUGGCCCUUCCCACAGGACUACUUGAUGCCUGGCUCUGGAACCUGUGGCCAGCUGAGGAGAUGGGGCUCAAUUCACCAGUCCUCGGGGUGCCUUUGGUCUGCCCCACUUUUCCCACCCCUCCCAUCUGCUUCCACCACCCCAGCCCUACACUAACAGUCCUGCAGUAACUAGAGUGUCAGGAGAAACUAAAACCUCUCCCCCAAGGGGCAGUUCUCCCAGUUUAUACUGCUCCUUUUAAGAUCCCACACUUCGAAAAGGAAACCAUCCACCAUAGUUGCCAAGGUUUCUGCCUGGCAGGCCCCUACCAGGGCCUUCUCCCAGGUUGGCAGGUAGGGCAGCAUCAGCUCACAUUUAUCAAUUCCCCACCUGUACAUGACCCUGGGCCAAGGCCCUGUGGAGCCAGGGCUUGGUGCUGAGGGAGCAGGGAGCCCCUGGUGCCAAACCCCUGCAGUCAGUGUUAGAUCAGAAGCUCCUCGUGACCACCCAGCCCUCCUCCUGAAGGGUCCCUGCCCCCCACCCCAUCUCUCCUGCCUGCCUUCCUGUGGCAUGCACAGGACUGUACUUUCAAGCAGGUAAACAGGAAAAGAUGCCAAGUCCAUACGAAGGUUUUCUUGGGGAAGAGAAAGCCUCAACCCCAUCCCCAAACAAGUCCCAAGUUUUUCAUAAAGGGUCUAGCUCUAACCCCUUUACCCAGAGAGUGAAUGAGACUAAGCCAAACAGUACUUCCUGCCCAAGGGCUUGGGGCCAACCUACAGCCACCAAGGCAUGAGUGUAUAGAUGCCAGUGGUUUAAUGACCUCAAGCAUAUGAAGAGGGAGCAGCCGAGUGUUCUGCUGUCUGUGACCAAUUAGUAGUGCUAAUGAGGCUGCUACGAUCUCUGGUCCAAGCCCUUUAAGGUCAGUUAGUUUGGUACAAUAUAAACCUUUCACAGCCACACACCCACCAGGCCAUAACCUUCGCCAGGCUCCCUGGCCAUGUUGCCAGUGCUCUUGGUCACCAAUGGGACGGGAGGAAGGAAGGGUAUGUGUUACCCUAUCAAGAUAUCAAGACACCUCGAUAGUGGGUCAGUAGCAAUACCUUCGCCUACAAAGGACAACAUGCAAGAAAUUCUCAGUGUCAUCAGCUGGAAUACCAGUCACAGGGCAUGAACUCUGAGAGCCCCUGACACACCAGGGUCUCCUUCUUGGAGUCAGGUUUCAGUCACAGUAUUGCCUACAGUACUCAUUGCAAGACUGCAGCUCUCCUCAAGGGGAAGACCCUAGAUGUAGUGGCUCUGUGUUUCUUUUCGGCCCUAGGCCUGCUGUGUCAAGCUAACAUGCAUCUCUCUUGUGUCCCCAAAUGAUGACUCUGACCUGUCUCAUCUUCUGAAGAAAAGUGAAAGUGUUUCUGUGGUUUAAUCUUUUGACUAAAACUGUAACUGUUGGGGAAAAAAAAUAACAAUAAAGGUUUUUAAUAGCUUGCCAGGGA